ACAUGGACAAGCUUUCUUUCUUGUUAUCUUUGCUUCUUGUGGGUACUUUUGGUUUCGUCAAUGGCGGAAAAUCGAAGGGUAAAAAGAAUUUUCAAGUCGAAGUAAUUGAGCUGAAGACCGGGAACAUAUCUGCUAAGUUCACCAACUAUGGUGCAAGCAUGAUGUCACUUGUUGUUCCAGACAAAAAUGGUCAACCUGGUGAUAUUGUUCUUGGAUAUGAUUCUCCCGAUGCAUAUAAGAACGAUGAAACAUACUUUGGAAACGUGGUCGGACGAGUCGCGAAUCGAAUCCGAGACGGGAAAUUUUCUUUGAAUGGCAAGGAAUAUCAACUGAAGCCUAAUGAAAAUGGGAAACACUUGCUUCAUGGUGGCCACGGAGCAUUGGCUGAUGUUGUCUGGGAAGUGAAGAAGAUAAAGAAAGAUGUUGCCGAUCCCACCGUUCUCUUUGCUUAUGAUAGUCCAGACGGUGAAAAUGGAUUCCCCGGCGAGGUUAAAAUCACCGUCCGGUAUCUCCUCCGUGCAGAUAACCGAUUGAGAGUGACAAUGAAAGCCAAAGCUAUAAAACAUGCUACCCCUUUGAAUCUAGUGCAGCAUACAUAUUGGAACCUCGGUAACCAUGACAGUGGUGAUAUCUUGUCCGAAGAACUCCAGCUUUUCGCUAAUGAGAUCACGCCUGUCGAUAAUGAACAAAUCCCCACAGGUAAACUCGAACCUGUGAAAGGAACUCCAUAUGAUUUCCUCGAAUCGAGGGUGAUUGGAAGUCGAAUCAAGGAACUUCCCGGAGGUUACGACAUAAACUAUGUCAUCGAAGGUCCCGACGACCCCAUCAAGAUGAAGAAAACAGCAAUGCUGAAGGAUCCGAAGUCGGGGAGAGUUAUGAAACUGACUUCGAACCAACCCGGCCUGCAAUUCUACCGGAAACCUGAUCAAAGAUGUGAAGGGUAAAGGAGGAGUAGUUUAUAAAGCUCAUUCGGGACUGUGCUUGCUGACUCAAGGCUUUCCUGAUGCAGUAAAUCACCCAAAUUUCCCUUCCAUAAUUGUUUCACCAGGAAAGCCUUACAAGCAUAAAAUGCUGUAUAAGUUCACG